AUGCAAAUGUACGACACCACCAUCUAUAUCAAGACUAGCUUUUUGGACAGACAAGUCGACCUGGUCCAGAGCCGGUGUGAAUACCCUCCGCUGCUUGUCGGCUGUACAAUGGGCGACUUUAGUGCCUUACGGCUGUUACAGAGCUUUUGUCCUGAGAUGGGAAUGGGGGUUGUUAUGGGGGUUUCUAUCCUCCUCGUCCGUGGAAAGGAUAGGCCUCCCUGGAAGCACGCCUUCAAGACUGCCUGUGGGAUGAGCUUCAUUUCUAUUCUAGCUAUGGAGUCUGUGCAGAAUGUCGUGGAUUACCAUCUUACUGGGGGUUGUCGUUAUGCUGGGCGAUCCGGGAUUUUGGGCGGCGGCAGUGGCAGCUAUGGGGGCUGGCUUUUUGGCUCCGUUGCCGUGGAAUUACUUUAG